AUGCUCUGCGACGUCUGGACGCUCGCCAGAAACGCCAGGAAGCUUGCCUUCCACCCCUGGGCCCGAGGGCGAACGGCAGUGGUCGGCAGCCUCUGCGACGCUCCGAUCGGCUCCUCGACCUCAUCGCCUGCGACGAGCCAGCAUGGCUCGUCGCUCGACGGCAGCCUGCCCAGUAUGCUCUUGGCAUUCUGCCCGCAUGGCGCGCUGCUCGAUGGCAGCCUGCUCAGUACGCCUUGGACAAGCGCAAACAGCUCGCCGAUCUGCGUCACGACGGGCCGUAUCGUGUUGGCCGUGCCUUCGAAGAACACCGUGAUGGUGGUCGUGCCGUCGUGUGCGCCGGAGGUGGACAUUAAAUAA